CUCUCUCACACACACACACACACUCAUAAACUCCAUCAUCACUCUUGCAUAGCAUAAACUCACUCACUCACUGUUUCAACAAAAUCGUUCUCUUCUCUACUCUUCCGCCAUUUUCGUCUCUCGCUAAAUUCUCUCUCUCUCUCUCUCUGCAUACCUUCGCUUACUUCGUUCUUCUGCUGGUGCGUGUAUGCACAACGGUGUGGACUCGUUCUCUCCAUCUUCUUCUCUCUGCCUAGGGUUUUCAAUUUGCAUGCUGAAUUUCUGAUGCUUUCUUCCGCGCCCUCACCUUACUCUCCGCAAUGCCGCUGCCUAGACGAUAACCGCCGGGCGUUACCGAGUUUCCGCUACGCUGCGUUUUGCUGAUAAUGCUUUUUCGAACCUCCGUUUGAGCCAGAGAAAUGUCGACGUCGCGUUCCUUCCUCCUGUCUCUCCUUCAUCUGCUCCUUUUCUCAGUGAACUUGGUUUAUAUGAAUGUGCCAUUUUCUUCAUCUGAACAAGCUAAAAUGUGGUUAUUUAAACCUUCUUCUGGACCAUCUAUUGCUCCUGGGCAAUCUCCAUGUUAUCAAGGUCCUCAAGUGACUCCAAGAUCAGAACUUCAUCAUCAUCACCAUCAUCACCAUAGCAUGGAACCUUAUGUUGUGGCUCCAUCCCCUUCUAAAGGCCAAGCUUGUUACCAAACCUGUACAGAUCCAUUAACUGCAACUCCUUUUGGUACACCUUGUGGUUGUGUGUUUCCCAUGAAAGUCAGACUAGUACUGGAUGUGGCUCCUUUGGCUGUUUUUCCAGUAAUUAAUGAGUUAGAGAUCGAAGUUGCAUCUGGAACAUAUUUGAAGCAGAGCCAGGUGAGGAUAGUGGGUGUCAGUGCUGACGGUCAAAAUCAGGGAAGAACCAAAGUUGAUAUUAACUUGGUUCCACUUGGGGAAAAAUUUGACAAUACCACUGCAGUUCUGUUGUAUCAGAAGUUUUGGCACAAGGAAGUUCCUAUAAAUAGGAGCCUUUUUGGUGAUUAUGCAAUCUUGUACAUUGCUUAUCCAGGGAUACCAUCAUCAUUGCCACCUGGAACCUUAGGGAGCGGUCCCCAGCCCAAUGAUGUUCUCCCAGUCACUGUCGACUUUAUCAACAAGAAUGCGAAAAUGGAUCUUAGAACCAUAGUUGCUCUAUCUUCCAUUAUACUCUUGUUGGUUUUGGUCGGAGCAUUUUCCAUCCUUUUGAAAUGGAUGAAAGUUAGGAGACCAUCACAUGCUAUUGGCCCUGCAUUCACAUCGCAUCUAAACAAGAGAUCUGCCAUGGAGUCCAUGUUGUCAAGAAGAAUUACGAGCUCAAGAUCUAUGUCCUUUGUGUCCACCAUCGCUACUUCUAUUCUCUCUGUUAAAACAUUUUCCUUUUCCGAGCUUGAGAAAGCAACAGCUAAGUUCAGUUCUCAUAGAGUAUUAGGAGAAGGAGGAUUUGGACGUGUUUAUUGUGGGAUAUUGGAUGAUGGAAAUGAAGUUGCAGUUAAGCUGCUAACAAGGGAUGAUCGGAAUGGAGACCGUGAAUUUGUCUCCGAAGUUGAGAUGCUAAGUCGUUUGCAUCAUCGUAAUCUUGUGAAACUCAUUGGUAUAUGCAUAGAAGGGCGAAGGCGUUGCUUGGUGUAUGAGCUUGUUCGCAAUGGUAGUGUGGAGUCUCAUUUGCAUGGUGAUGUUAACAAGAAAAGCAGCCCUCUAGAUUGGGAAGCACGGAAAAAAAUUGCCCUUGGAGCUGCAAGAGGACUGGCCUAUCUACAUGAGGAUUCUAAUCCUCGUGUAAUUCACCGAGACUUCAAAGCUAGUAACGUGUUGUUAGAAGAUGACUUUACCCCCAAGGUUUCUGAUUUUGGAUUGGCAAGAGAAGCAACCGAAGGAAGUCGUCAUAUUUCUACUAGGGUCAUGGGUACUUUUGGGUAUGUUGCCCCAGAAUAUGCAAUGACCGGCCAUUUACUAGUUAAAAGUGAUGUUUAUAGUUAUGGUGUUGUGCUGCUUGAACUUCUAUCUGGCAGAAAACCAGUGGACAUGUCUCAACCUUCUGGACAGGAGAAUCUUGUAACGUGGGCUCGGCCACUGUUGGCAAGUAGAGAAGGUUUAGAACAGCUGGUGGAUCCAUCUCUGGCUGGAAGCUAUGACUUUGAUGACAUGGCAAAGGUGGCUGCUAUUGCUUCCAUGUGUGUAAAUCCGGAGGUGUCUAAGAGACCUUUUAUGGGUGAGGUUGUGCAGGCUCUUAAGCUGAUCUACAAUGACAUCAAUGAGAGUCAGAAGGAGUCUUAUGGUGAGGAGUCGGAUUUUGGAGGUGACCUUGUCUUUUCUGAUAGCAGUUUGGUGGAUGGUGAAGAAUCUAACUGCAUCACAAUGGAAUACAGUUCUGGUUCACUUGCAAUGGAAAAGAGAGCGUUGAAAGGAAAUGAGAUAGCUUUACUAAUGAAGCACGGACACAGAUCAGGCCCCUUGGGAACAAGAUCUGCCCGGAGCAAGCUAUCCUUCUCUAAGCUAACUCGAAGUCGGAGUGAGCAUGCAUGCGGUACGUCCUUCCAAUCGUGUUUGGAAUGAACGAUGAUGGUUAUGGUUAUGGUUACAUUCAUAGAUAUUUCUUGCGUUUUUGAAAUGUACAGUUUCAAAAGGGCCCGAAGGGUUGGUUGGUUGAUUUAGAGUUACUGAUUUGUGCAGGUUAGCCUCCCCAAAGGGGAGAAACAAAUUGACUUUUAAUUAUGAUUUAGAAUUACUCAUAUGUAUGUGCAGGUGCAGCCAGCUUAGGCUCCUCAAAGAGGAGAAAAAAAAAUUGACUUAUAAUUAUGAAAUAGUAGUAUUUUAUUAUACAA